CCGUCCCCGCGCCGCUCGUCCCGGCCGCCCGAGCCCACCGGCGGGGUCACCCCCGAGGGGGCCCGCGGCAGCCCGCCCGAGCCCCCCGCAGCCCCCCCAGCCAGGAUGGUGCUGAGGGCCGCGGCGCUGGCCGUGCACGUCGGCCUCCUGGCUGCCCUCCGCCCCAGUGACCCCAAUGUCUGCAGCUACUGGGAGAGCUUCACAGCGGCGGUGAAGGAAUCUUACACCAAACCUCACGUUGUGCCCUCCACAGAGCCCUGUCCUGGGCUGCUGGGCUCCCCCCUGCCCUGCCCGCAGCAAAGGAUCGUGUACCGCACCGAGUACCGGCAGAGCGUCCGCACCGACUACCGGCGCCGCUACCAGUGCUGCCAGGGCUACUACGAGAGCCGGGACACUUGUGUCCCACGCUGCACCCAGGAGUGUGUCCACGGCCGGUGUGUGGCUCCUGAGCUCUGCCAGUGUGAGCCGGGCUGGAGGGGCAGCGACUGCUCCAGCGAUUGUGAUGAGCAGUCGUGGGGGCCAGGCUGCGGGCGCCGCUGCAGCUGCCACCACGGAGCCCCCUGCGACCCCCUGAGCGGGGCCUGCUCCUGCCCCCCCGGCUUUGCCGACCCCGUGUGCCAGCAGCCGUGCCCGCCUGGCACCUACGGCCAAGGCUGCCGCCUGCCCUGCCCCUGCCACCACCAGGCGCCCUGCAACGCCUCCACCGGCGCCUGCCUCUGCCCCCCGGGGCUGGCUGGACCCCUCUGCGAGGUGCCCUGUCCCGAGGGCACAGGCUGCGACAGCCCCUGCCCCUGCCAGAACGGGGGCAUCUGCCACCCUCAAGGCACUGGCACCUGCGUCUGCCCCCAUGGAUGGAUGGGGGAGAUCUGCUCCGUGCCGUGCCCGUCCGGACGCUUCGGCCCCGGCUGCCAGGGCGAGUGUCGCUGCCACAAUGGGGGCCACUGUGACCCCCGCGGGGGGCAGUGCCAGUGUGCCCCUGGAUUCACCGGAGAGCAGUGCCGGGAGAGGUGCCCCGUGGGGAGGUAUGGGCAGGACUGCCAGGAGAGCUGUGACUGUGCCAACGGGGGGCACUGUUUCCAUGUGGACGGGGGCUGCCUGUGCGAGGCUGGCUUCCAGGGCAGCCGCUGCCAGGAGCGCCAGUGCCAGCCCGGCCUCUACGGCCCCCACUGCCAGAGCCCCUGCCUCUGCCACCCCCAGCACAGCCAGAGCUGUCACCCGUUGCUUGGGGAGUGCAUCUGUCACCCAGGCUGGGCCGGGCUCUUCUGCAACGAGACGUGUCCCCCUGGCUCCUUCGGGGCCGGCUGCCUGCAAACCUGCCUCUGCCUCCAUGGGGGGGCUUGUGAUGGGACCACUGGACGCUGCCAUUGCCCCCCUGGCUACACGGACGAGCACUGCUCCUCCCUGUGCCCCCCCGACACCUUCGGGGCCAACUGCUCGGGGCACUGCGCCUGCCAGCACGCCCUCGCCUGCUCCCCCAUCGACGGCUCCUGCCUCUGCAAGGAAGGCUGGCACGGAGCCGACUGCUCGGUGCCGUGUCCCGCCGGCACUUGGGGUCCCGGCUGCAACCGGAGCUGCGACUGCGCCCACGGAGCUGCCUGCGAGCCCCAGGGCGGGACGUGCCGCUGCCCCCCGGGCUGGCGGAGCCCCCGCUGCCUGCUGCCGUGCCCGAACGGGACGUUCGGGGCGGGCUGCGCGCAGCGCUGCGAAUGCGCCCACGCCGACGGCUGCGACCCGGGCACCGGAGAGUGCCGCUGCCUGCCCGGCUGGACAGGUACGGAGGGGAUGGGGCCUCACUGGCACCCUUCGCCUUCACCCCUCCUCCUCCUCCUCCUCCUCCUCCUCCUCCUCGCAGGGCCGCAGUGCAAGCAGAGCUGCCCGCACGGUUUCUGGGGCCGGGGCUGCGUCAGUCCCUGCUCCUGCCGCAACGGGGGCACUUGCUCGCCCCAGGACGGCUCCUGUGUCUGUGCCCCGGGCUACCGCGGCCCCACCUGCCAGCGCCCCUGCCCGCCCGGGCGCUACGGCAAGCGCUGCUCCCUGAGCUGCUCCUGUGCCAACGGCGGCUCCUGCCACCCUGCCAACGGCUCCUGCCUCUGCGCCCCGGGCUGGCGCGGCCCCCGCUGCUCCCAGCCCUGUGCCCCCGACUCGUGGGGGGAUGCCUGUGCCCAGCCCUGCCUGUGCCAGCACGGGGGAACGUGCCACCCCGGCGAGGGGACCUGCAGCUGCCCGGCUGGCUGGACGGGGCCGCUCUGCGGAGAAGCCUGUCCCCCUGGCACCUUCGGGCCCCAGUGUGCCCAGCGCUGCCGCUGCCUCCACAACGCCACGUGCCACCCCGUCAGCGGGACGUGCCCCUGCACCCCGGGCAGGAUCGGGCCCCACUGUGAGGCUGGGACCCCCGAGCAGCCCUACACCAUCGUGCCAGCCCCGCCAGCAGCACACAGCUCGCUGGGGGUGGUGCUCAGCCUCGUGGCCCUGGCAGUGCUGCUGGUGGCCAUGGUGGCUGUGGCCCUGUGCUACCGUCACCGCUGGAGGGGGAAGGAGAGCCGGCACCUGGCCGUGGCCUACACGGCGGGACAGACGGACACCUCUGACUACGUGGUGCCCGAUGUGCCACUGAGCCACCACACGCACUACUACUCCAACCCCAGCUACCACACGCUGUCCCAGUGCACGGGACCGGGCACCAGCGCCCAGGACAGGGCCAGUUCCCUCAAGGUGCCCGGCACCCAGCUCUUCCCCGGCGUGGAGAGACCCCGUGGCCCUGAAGGCAACGCCACGUUGCCCCCGGACUGGAAGCACCUCGGGGCACCCACCCUGGGCCACAGGGGUUCCCCCUCGGACGGGCUGGGGGCCAGCAGCAGCUCCCUGGCCAGCGAGAACCCUUAUGCCACCAUCAAGGAGCUGCCCCCUGCCCUCGCCAGAGCCCUGGAGGGCAGCUACAUGGAGAUGAAAUCCCCAGUGCAGAGGGAAAUGUCCUACGCAGAGAUCGGGCUCCUGGAGGAGCCGCCUCAGGAGGAGAGUUGCCCCGAGGGGGCUGAAGCCGGGACCCCUGCAGCCCCCCAGGGCCACUACGACUCCCCCAAGAACAGCCACGUCCCGAGCCACUACGACAUCCCGCCCGGCCGGCCCCAGCCGCCGUCCCCGCCCCAGCGCAGGAAGGGCCGCUGAGGCUCCCGGGGAGCAGGGACCCCGGGGCAGGGCUGGCGCUGGGCACAGGGGGACCUCACACAGCCCAGAGACACCCCUUAGGAGCCCUUGUGUCCCCCCACAAACCCUCACAGAGGAACAAACACAUCCCUCCCACCCACCUUCACCCAGCCCCAGGAGCAGCAGGAGUCCACUGUAGCCCCCCCGACCCCCCAAGGAGGAGGGGGUGGAGUAGCAGCCUCCCCAGAAAGCUGCUGCUUCCCCUUUACAACCCAAACCCGAACCCAAACCCUUUCCCAUGGGAAGGCAGAAAAUAAAGGCGUUGUGCAGUGUUGGAACAGCA